AGGUUUCAUUCACAAGCAAUGCUUUUCCUCUGAUUUUUUUUUUUACAAUGAAUUAAAAAGGCACAAUCUUAGGUGGAGACUAAAGAACGAAUAUGCAUGUUCAGACACCAAUAUCGGACUUGGACCCUUGCACACAAUCAAACCGAAGCAGGACUUUCUGGCAACUGCUUCUGAAGUUGCCUGAGUGUGAGGCACUCAGUCACCGCUGACCGAAAACGGACUGUCUCAGGGAACGUAAAUGGUGUACUUUUGUGCGAUCUCGUAUGAUGAGUUCACUUGUAAACUUUUAUCGUUCUAAUGUGUGUUAAAGUUACUUAUUUAUUUGCAUGAGUCAAUGGGUUAAGGCUUCUUUUUGUAGGCCCGCAGUAAUAUAAAGUUAUAAGAUUCGCCAGGUUUUGCCAAAGUGGUAUUCCUUAACUUCAGAAUGUGUAACGGUUUUUUUGUUUUUCUCAGUUUUGUCUAUUAUUUGUUUCUUUGUUUGUUUGUUUGUUUGUUAUUUAAGGAGCCUCGGUUGCACAGUUGUCGAAAUGUUAACAGGAAAGCCUCCUCUUGGUCAUCUUGAGUCAGCGGCGGCCAUGUUUAGGAUUGGUUCCAAACCCAUCGAGCCCACGCUGCCAGAGAAUGUAUCAUUAGAUGCAAACGAGUUUGUUAAGGCUGCUUUGACCUGGAAACCUGACGAGCGACCUUGGUCCGAUGAGUUGCAGCGCUACGAGUUCGUUUCCAAAGCACUGCCAACCUCUUUCAGUCUUGGAGAAUGUAUUGGAACAGGAGCUUUUGGCCAGGUACAGCUAUAUCUUUCUGUUAUCCUUAAAUUAAACUAAAAUUUGCGAAUAGGAACGCCCAUAGAAUCAUGAAACUUAAAAUAUUACGUUACCCUUUACUCAUCAGUAUUAAGAGCCCAGGAUGAAUGAAUGACAGAAGUAA